GUAUAAAGUUUAAGUUACUUUUUGUUGAAAAUCUGUCUGUCUCUCUCUCUCUCGAUCACGCCCAGAGAACCUAACCAAACUGAACUCCUCCGCAGUCUCUCUCUCUCCGUCGCCUCGUCCGGCCAACGCGCCCUCCCACCGAAGCAGCCCCUCAAUUGCCACAAUCAAUCCAUAACCUACACAAACUUCCCUCUUUAGCUUCCUUUUCAACCUCUGCCCGAAUCCGUCAGUUAGGUUCUGACAUCUCGCAGGUGAGUUACUUCGUUUUCAAUUCCAUCCUUGCCUUCUUCCUCCUUCCUUUUUUCUUUCCAAUACCUAUUUAUGGAGCACUUGAGUCACUAAGCACAAUGAAUGGAUCAGCGAGGUCUGAAAGAAACAGGGGUGAAAAAGGCCAGCUUAGUUGGAUUUUUCCAUUUAAUGUUAAGGGUUCAAUUGGGUAAUGUGCAAGAUUUAUUUGACACAAGCCCUGUAAUAUGGUGCAUUGUUCAAGCUCUUUUGUUCAUGGUUUCACGCGCAGAUUCUUUGGCAAACCGUGUUUUAAAACUGCUAGCAUCUAUGGAGCACUGGAGUCAUUAAUAAGCACAGUGAAUGGAUCAACAAGGAAGCCAAUAAAAUAUGUUCUUUGUACUGCACUUAGUUCUUGUGGAAAAACCCGGAAUUGGCGUUUGGGUAUACAAAUCCAUGCUUUCAUGAUUCGAUCUGGAUAUGAAGAUAAUUUGUUCCUCUGCAGUGCACUUAUUGAUUUCUAUGCCAAAUGUUUUGCUAUUCUGGAUGCAAAGAAGGUAUUUUGUGGCAUCAGAACACAUGAUCAGGUUUCAUGGACUUCACUCAUUACGGGAUUAUCGAUCAAUGGACGAGGAAUAGAUGCAUUCUUGUUGUUCAAAGAGAUGCUAUACACCCAAAUUAAGCCCAAUUGUCUUACCUUUGUUAGUGUCAUUAGUGCCUGUGUUGGGCAAAGUGGUGGCCUUCAACAUUGCUCCGCUCUUCAUACUCAUAUCAUCAAGCAGGGAUGUGAUACUAACAAUUUUGUGGUCUGCUCAUUGAUUGACUGUUAUGCAAAUCAGGGACAAAUUGAUGAUGCCGUACUCUUAUUCGCUGAAACUAGUGAGAAGGAUAUUGUUGUGUACAAUUCGAUGAUCUCUGGAUAUUCUAAAAACAUGUUGAGCGAAAAUGCAUUGAAACUGUUUGUAGAAAUGAGGGGGCAAAAUUUGGGUAUUACUGAUCAUACUUUAUGCACGAUUUUAAAUGCUUGUAGCAGCCUUGCAUUACUCCUUCAAGGAAGGCAAGUGCACUCUCUUGUUAUUAAAAUGGGUUCGGAAAGGAAUGUGUUUGUGGCCAGUGCUUUGAUUGAUAUGUAUUCAAAAGGUGGCGAUAUUGACGAGGCUCAACGCGUGUUAGAUCAGACUUCUGAGAAGAAUAAUGUGUUGUGGACAUCCAUGAUCAUGGGUUAUGCUCAAUGUGGGAGAAGUUCAGAGGCUUUGGAACUUUUUGAUUGUCUACUGACCAAGCAAGAGUUAGUUCCUGAUCAUAUCUGCUUUACUGCUGUUUUAACAGCUUGUAAUCAUGCAGGAUUGCUUGACAAAGGGGUGGAAUACUUUAAAAAAAUGACAACAAAUUAUGGCUUGUCUCCUGAUAUUGAUCAAUACGCUUGCUUGAUUGAUCUCUAUGCUAGAAAAGGGAAUUUGAGUAAGGCAAGGGAUGUAAUGCAAAAAAUGCCCUAUGAUCCUAAUUAUGUAAUUUGGAGCUCUUUCUUGAGUUCUUGCAAGAUAUAUGGAAAUGUAAAACUUGGGAGGGAGGCUGCUGAUCAACUUAUCAAGAUGGAACCAAGUAAUGCAGCACCAUAUUUAACAUUAGCACAUGUCUAUGCAAGAAAGGGUUUAUGGAAUGAAGUAGCUGAAGUCAGAAGGCUUAUGCAACAAAGGACAAUGAGAAAACCUGCAGGAUGGAGUUGGGUGGAGGUACCCUUCCAUUUGGUCACACGUCUUUGGGACACGUAUCUAGCUGAAUGAGAUGCCUUACCAUACUUUCUUGUGUAUAUAUUUGCCAGUUUUCUUCUAACGGUGAGCCAGCUUACUCUGGCCUUUGCACCAAUACAAGUUAUUUGAAUUAAAUUUCAUUCUGUAGCCAAGAUGCCGAGGGGUAGUAUUUCUUGGUCCAUUUCCCUCUUCUGGUACAUUGCAGUAGGUAAUGGUAAUCAUGAUUUUCAUUUUUUUUUUGUCAGAAAACACUUGUCUUUUGCACCACUUUUAUGCUGUUAGAAAUCCCUUUUUAGAGAAUAUAUCUCUUUGCAUAGUGUGCAUUUAAACAACCAUCAAAAAGCACAGUUGUGAUCUAUUAUGUUAUCUUACUGUAUAAUGUAGUAUAACUUUUUGAUGCAUGAUUGCUGAUUAUGGUUACUCCAACCAAUUAAUUAACGUGAGAGGAGAAAUUCAAGCAGUUGUGGCUGGCGGGUGGUGCAGUGAUCCAAACAGAAAUACACAUCUUCUGCAGAGAUGUUCUAGUCUGUCACGGCUUGGUAUGCUUCUUUUGGGUGGGCUAAUGGUUAGCCAAGUGGUAAAGUAUAUUUGAACUCUUGGUGUAUAGGCUAGGAACGUGGCAUUUAUACUAUACCAGAAAUACACACAGCAAACUGUAUCUUUAGGCCAAAUACAGUCAACCUUGAGUCACGGUUUUCACAUAGAGUAUACCAGAAUAAACUGAUUUAGCGUCUAGCAAAUUUUUCUGCAGAUUCUAGGUGGCCGGGGACUUCUUCAUUCCUGAUUAAAGCACAUUGGGGGAGAAAGGGUUAUGAGCAGAUUGGUGCUGACUUUGGACGGUGGCUGAACAGACUUAAGUACCUAAAUAUUCAGAUUAGGCAAAGUAUUGCUAGAUUGAUUAGUGUCUAGCCGCAUAGCCAGUGGGCUGUGUUACUUGGUUUAACUCGUUAGUGAGCAGUGUACUUGGCUGGUUUAUGCUAGUAAAAUCUUUGUAUGGGUGCAGUGUUUUGAAUUGAGGAGUAUGUACUUGCCCUAACUGUAAAUCCGGUUUGAUUCUUGUUAUGGUUUGGCUAGAGCUUAGUAUAAUGCUCUGAGGGUAAGGCUUAGAUGAGCAGGCGGAGUUUUUACUCGUAAGGUUUGGAAAGCCAAGAAAAUUAGUCCUGACCGUAUGGCUUCGUUGAGCAAGUAGGAUAACUUUGACAGGAAGACUUUGUUGAACAGGCAAAAUGACUCUGACUAUAAGACUUUGAUAGAACAGGCAGAGUGAACGAAAUGUUACGGGUAAAGCACAUAGUACACAAGGGUUAACCUAUUUAUGAAAUUUUUGACAUUGUAAACGGUACGAGGAGCCACUAAAAUGAAUGAGUAGAGAUGUAAAGCAUGGGUGAGUUAUGGUAUAUUUGUGUGAAUUGUUGGAUUGAUAAUAUCCUUAAAUAUUUAAUUAUCUAUUCUUUUUUCAUUAGCCCACUCUUACAUUGUUUGUGGCUGUGAUUUUCACCUACAACUUGAGUUAUGGACGAGAAGUUGAUAUUGCUGAAAAAAGUCAGGAUGCACAGCAGUAAGGAGCAGGAAACUUGUAUCUGGGUUUUUGUUUUGGAUUUUUAUUACAUGUACUUUGCAUAAAAUUUUUAAUAAGGAAAUUGUUUACGAUUUUGUAUAUUUAUUCAUUUUGUUAAAUAAUGGAAGUAUUAUUUUCAAGUA